AGCCGGUCUCAGACCAAAGUUUAGACAGUUUGUGAGGGCAGAUGCAGAGAGCUGCCCCUGUAGGGAACAAGAGACGGGAGAAAUGUGUAUUUAUGUAUUUAUUUAUUUAGUUUAGGGUUCUAUCAUCCAAAGAAACUUUCAUCACUAUUUUUUUCUUGGUGGAUUACUUGGAGCUGACUCAUCCAGGAUUAAAAGGACUCUGUGUUUUUACCUAAAGCUAUGGUGGCUUACGAUGAUCUGGGUAGCUUGGUGCCUAUCAAACGGACUUUACAAGUGAUAGACUGCCAGAACCAAGCCAACAAGGAAUCAGAGGAACCCAGCAACAAGCGUGUCCGUUCUCUCGGCAGGGUGACGUCUCUAGCCAACCUCAUCUCUCCGAAGCAUGGGGCCGUCCGGCGCUUCGGCCAAUCCAUCCAAGCCUCUUUCAGAGGUGAUGGCAAGUUGCCGGGCGUGCCCCAGAAGCCUUGUGGCAAGGCGGCAGUCCCCACACCGCCUAAAAGGAGGAACAGCACCCUGUGGUCGGAGACAAUAGACGUCAACCAGAAGGGAACUUUCUCCAUCAAAGAGAUCAAGAGACAGGAGGCCAUAUUUGAGCUGUCUCGUGGUGAGCAGGACCUGAUCGACGACCUGAAGCUUGCACGCAAGGCGUAUCACGACCCUAUGCUGACGCUCUCCAUCAUGUCUGAGGAGGAGCUAACGCACAUCUUUGGUAACCUGGAUGCCUACAUUCCUCUGCAUGAAGACCUGCUGGUUCAGCUUUCCAAAGUAACAGAUCCGGAUGGGACAGUGGGAGAAAUUGGACAGAUCUUUGCAAACUGGCUGCCAAGGCUCAAUGCCUACAAGGACUACUGCAGCAACCAGCUGGCAGCCAAAGCCCUGCUGGACCAGAAGAAACAGGACCGACGGGUGCAGGAUUUCCUGCAGCGCUGCAUCGAGUCCCCUUUCAGCCGGAAGCUGGACCUGUGGAGCUUCUUGGACAUCCCACGCUCUCGCCUGGUCAGAUACCCACUGCUGCUCAAACAGAUCCUGAAGCACACUCCACCAGAGCACCCUGAUGCUGCCAGCCUUGAAGAAGCAAUUACCAUCAUUCAGGGUGUUCUGUCUGACAUUGAUAUAAAGAAGGGAGAGUCGGAGUGCCAGUACUACAUCAAGAAGCUGGAGUAUCUUGACGACAGGCAGAAGGACCCUCGCUUUGAACAGUGCAAGAGCCUUCUGUGUCACGGGGAGCUACGAAACAAGAGCGGCACGAAGCUGCAUGUGUUCUUGUUCACCGAACUUCUGGUCCUGACCCGCCCAGUUACUAGAAAUGAGCGCCAGUGCUUCCAAGUCUACAGACAUCCGAUCCCAGUUCAGGAUCUGGUGUUGGAGGACCUGCAGGAUGGAGACGUUCGAAUGGGUGGCUCCUUCAGAGGCGCCUUCAGCAAUGCAGAAAAAGCAAAGAACAUAUUCCGCGUGCGUUCCCAGGACCCAACCCAGGCGCAGUCCCACACGCUGCAGGUCAACGACGUCUUCCACAAGCAGCAGUGGCUCAACUGUCUCCGCAGCGCCAUCUCCGUCCACCGGCCUGUAAGCGAGCCUUCCACCCCAAGCCCAUCAAUGCGUGACGCCUGCUCCAAGCGCCGCCCAUCCUCCGCCUCUGCCAUCAUCCACGCGGAGGAACCAGAUGAAAACUGCUCACAGCGCGUCUCUCAGUCAGCUCCCAGCUCGCCAUGCAACAAUUCUAUACCCAGCCCCACCACACCAUCAUCUCCAUCAUCAUCAUCAUCAUCCUCAUCCUCAUCCUCGUUAUCGCCACUUUUUUCUCUAACAUCACACAAAACAAAAAAAGACAAAAAGUCUCUGUGUUCCUUAGGGAAGAGGAAAGAGACAAUGGUGUGAAGUGAGAGGGAGGAAACGGACUUCUGAGCGGACACUUUUUUGCUUUUUGUACAUAAAACAGUGAAACGAGGGGUUUGUAUUUAUGUGUGUCUGUGUUAUUACCGCAGUGUUCUGUGUUACUGUCCUCUUCGGCAGCUAUCUACAAGUUCAUCCAUCAGAGACGGUAUUCUGGAGCAUGCGCGACUCCCACCGGCUCUAAAAGGGAGGCACAGCGAGGAAAAACAACCCCAAGAAUCUGUCUCAAGAUUGAUGAUUUCUUGAAGGAGGAGGUGGCGAUCAAACUUUGUUUACUAUUAAUUUGAUAUUUAAGCAUUAUUUUAGACCUGUUCUGGGAGGCAAAUGAAAGUUUUACAUUUUUAUACUUUUUUUUAAAAUAGUUUUUCUUUUGUUAUUAAGCAGCACUGUUCUAGCCUUAGGAACAUGUUUUCCUUUCUUUGUUGUUGAGGGUGUUCAGGUGAGGAAACAAAAGAAGUGAAUCCCACCAAAGGAUGAGAAGUACAACAUGAAACUAUAAAUUAAACAGAUGACGUGUCUUAUUUUGAUGCAUUCCUUAAUUACACCGAUUUUGAAUCCUGGACACUGUUGGAUUCACCUACAGAGGCAUUACUUUGAAUCCAGAACGGAUGAGAUUUCUGUUUCUCACUGAGAAGAGCAACAAUUUGGAAUCAUACCAGAGAUGAUAAGUUUUGUUUUGAAACAAAAUUUUGAACUGAGCCAUGUUGGCUUUUUUAAGCUGACUUUUCUGAAUGAAAUGGAUCAUUUUUCUGUGUAGCAUCUUGCAUGAAGCUUUAGUUGUAAACACUGCUUGAACAGUCGAGGCAACAAGAAGUUGAACGCUGUCCUUUAGGACAGGAGAGGACAGGAAGAGUAGUUGUUGAUGAGAAAAUGUUGAGACGUGAAGAGAUUAGAAGCAUGAUGGGAAAAGUUGUGUUUUGGAACUGAAAUGGACUUCACUGGAGUGAAGUGGAAUCCAGUUUGAAGCUGGUGGUUUUAUAAAGAGAUGGAAAUUGAUGGGAAACGUAAGUAAGGGUGGCUGUGAAAUGGUUUUUGUAUGUGGACAAGAUGGUUUUCUUUGGUUGUUCAGAUUGAAAUGAAAGAAAGAUGCAACACGUUUGCCACAAAUUUAUGUAAUAAAAAAAAACAAUAAAGAUCUGUGAGAAAAGAAA